CGUGCAACGCAGACAACACACCGGUGCCUCACUUCCGGGAUCGUGUGUACAAACAGUUUAGUCUCUUUCUGUGAAUUUUUAUAUCAGUGGCUAAGCGUUUGUAAAUGUCUUGCACCUGCACACACAGUAACUAAUGAUAUAGCCGGCAGUUUAAAUUAACCUGCUUUAAUAAUACUGUUUGCAGGGGACUCGUUUCAGAUCGUUUUGAUUUGACCAAGAAGUAAAUAUGACAGCGGAGGCGGCCGAUCUGGAGAAGUUUCUGAAGCAGGUGGACCAGAUAAGUGAGCUGGUGAAGGAGAUGAACUCCAACGAUGCUGUUUCACAACAAAGAGCUGCAGAAAAGGCAGAUCAACUGAUAUCAGCCCUUAAAGAGAAGGGGGAGGUGGACGAGCCGUGCAAGACGAGACUGAACCGAACCGUAAUAAACAAUAAACCAGCAGAGAAUCGCGCAGCUCCCUGUGGUUUACGGAAUGAUGCAGACACUAGCCAAGAGAACUUCAUGAAGCUUUUAGAAAAGGACGCACUCGAAAGAUCUGAAAGACGUAAAGAAAAUGAAUUGUUGGCUAAGGCAUUAAAAGAAAUGGGAAAUGAGGCGUUUGCCAAAGGUGAUUAUGAGACCGCAGUCCAGCGCUACAGUGAAGGACUUGAGAAACUGCGAGACAUGCAAGUCCUCUAUACCAACCGGGCACAGGCUUAUAUCAAGUUGGAGAAAUACAAAGAAGCUGUAAAUGACUGUGAAUGGGCAUUAAAAUGCAAUGAGAAGUGCUUAAAGGCAUAUGUACACAUGGGAAGAGCUAACCUUGCAUUGAAGAAUUAUGAAGAGGCUCACAGAUGUUAUCAAAAGAUACUGGAAAUUGAUCCGAUGCAAGAGAGGCUGGUAAAAGAUUACAUAAACCAGGUAUAUUGUGAAGAGAAGAAAAAUACCCAGGAGAAGGAAGCACUGGAAGAAUUUGAACAAGGGAAAGAGAAUGCCACCUCGCUGCUUGAACUUCUUCAGAAACUUGCGAAGCCCGAUCAAGUAAACCUUUACUAUGCUGGUGGCAUACGACUUUUGACGGAAAGAAUUAAAGAUUGCACCGAACAGACAUUAUUCAGAAUAAACAAUGGCUUCAGUGUCAUCAACAGCAAUAUCAUUGUACAAAGGAGUCUCUCUGUAAAAUCACAGGAUCCUUUUAAUAACGAACUGUGCGUUUCUGUGCUGGUACUCUGGCAGGCAGUUUGCAAAGGAAAUGAGGAAAACCAGCGUGUACUGAUGCAGUGGGCCGGCAGCACUGAAUGCCUGAUUGAAAUGCUGGCGUCGGAGAAGCCCGAGAUCCAGAAAGAGUGCGUGGCUUUGGUGUUGAUUUACUCACUGACUGAACAUGGAAGGGCUUUGCUGCUUCGAAACCUGGAUCUGACCAAGCUGCUGGAAAGGUUGAUGGGAUGCAUGCAUCAUCAAGAUGUCAUUGCAACCAAUGCUGUAGGAAUCAUGGCCAACUUAGCCGUUGAAAAGAAGUUUAGAGUUCAGUUUAGACCAAACUUUGCAACAGCUGUUAUGCCUCAUUUUAUUACCCUGCUGAGGAGCCUCUCAUCCUCUAAUCGCUCCGUGCUUCCUCAGUGCAUUUCAACAAUGAGCAAUAUGGCAGGAGACGAGGGCAUCCGGAAACAGCUGGCAGACUCCAAGGAGUGCUGGGAAGCCUGCCUAGUUGCCAUGGAUGACUAUCUGUCUUCCAGUAAAGACUCGCAACACAGAGACAUUGCAGCUGCACUGCUUGGCUUGAUGCUGAAUCUCUCCCUAGAACGCAACGCUGUAAUUCAGGGGGAAGCUGUUAAUAUCACGGCUCGGGGUGUAACUCUGCUGUGCUGCAUGGAUGGAGACAUUAUUACAAAAACCACCCGUCUACUGAGCCACAUUCUCCCACAGUCCAGCGAGGCAGUGGAUGAGGCAGUUAAGGCCGGAACAGUGAAAAAAAUGUUCAAACUCCUUAAGGCAGGAGGUCAGGUGACCGUGCGCUAUGCUGUCAUGACCCUUGCAGUCUGUACCAAACAGAGCAGGCAGGCUUCGGAAGAGCUGGUGAAACUGGAUAAAAAGUUUUGUACAUUGGUAAAACUUCUGUCUGUGGAGGAUGAGCUGACUGUGGGCAAUGCAGUUCUCUGCCUAAGUCAAUGCAUAGACAUACCUGGUGCAGCCACAGCCCUUCUGAACUCUGACAUUGUGAAGAUCUUAUUAAAAUGUGCUGGAGGCGACGCGAGGAAAACCACAGUCCAGCAAAACGCAGCGAUCGCUCUAGGGAAGCUGUGCACCGCAGAACCUCGACACCUGAGUCUACUUCGUCAACUUCAUGGUUUAGAAAUUCUUAAUUCCUGCAUGAAGCACAUCAAGUAGUGCUUUAUAAGCCUGUAUAUACAAUGUGUGUAUCUACUUUAUACUGUGUUUAUUUUUUUAUUUUUUUUAAACUGCAUUUAAAAAAUGACAGUGUUAUAUUUAUUGUGCAAAUGUAGUUAAAGUAUUCUUCAAACAAUGUGUCAUUUUUCCCUUACUGCAAGUCCUUUCCAGUGGUUUGCUUUUCUCAGUUUUGCUUGAAUAUUCUGCAACUUGCUAUAAUUUGCUCCCGGGACACUACUAUUUUUUUUUUUUUUUAUUGUUUUGUUGCAAUAAACUGUUGACUGAAUGA